AUGAACAAAGAGCAGCAGUUACAGCAAGAUUUAGUGAAAUUGAAAGAUGGUAUUAACAGCAAACGUCAAGAAAUCAAUAAACAAUUGAAGUUAAGACAGCAAGAACUUAGUAAGCAACAGGAUAUAUUGAGGGAACGUCUGAGUGGCCACACGGCACCUAAAUCAACGAUAUCCAAACGGAAGAGGAUCAGCAAUAGUGAGAAACCCUCUGCAGCAUCCUUAUCAUCGAGCAAAAAGGCACAAAUAGAAAUUCGCAAAUUGAAAGCCUUGGGAAAGGCUAAGAAAGCACUCUUCAAGUACAUUUACCAAAACAGAAUCAAGUACAAUUACAAAAAUCGCAUACUAAUAAAAGGGCUGAAGUAUGUGCCAAUUCAUGGCCUAAAUUCUUUAGCGCUUACGUCAACUGAAAAUGAAGAUACACACAAAGAGCUUACUAGCAUUGAUGAUUUAGAUUUAUGGGUCUCUUAUCAAGGUAAGAACUACGUUAAGGAUUAUAGUGGGAAAUACAAUUUACAGUCUAGAGAUUGGAUUAUGAACCCCCCUAGCGAAGACUGUAUCUAUUAUAUGAGGGCAGGACACUGUGAGAAUCGUAAAUGUAAGUAUUUGCACGAUCCAGAUCAUGUGGCUCUAUGCCCUAAUAUCUUGCUCUCGCAAAGAAGAUGUACGAAGAGUCAUUGCUGUAUGUCACAUAAACCAUCACAAUUCAAUGCUCCUUCGUGUAAUUUUUUUCAGGAAGGUUCAUGCACAAAUGUUAAUUGCAUAUACUCUCACAAAUUAGAAAAUGGGUCUGACAUUGCCAUUUGCAGGCCGUUCUCCAUGAAUGGUUACUGUAAAAUGGGUAGAAAGUGUACUUACAGACAUUUUUUUGACUGUCCGGAUUUACAAGAAUAUGGUUAUUGUAUAAGAGGCAGGGGCUGUCAUUUAAACCAUUCAUUUUUACUCAAGACUGGCCAAGAAUCCCUCGAACCGAUUAGAAAUACCGAUAACGACGAUGUCGUCGUUUAUUUCGAUGAUAAUAAGGAUCUCGAUAACCCUACAGAUUCUUUGGGUGAUGUCAUGCUACGUACAUUAAGUACAUCUGACCUCAGCUCUAAAGACGGUGAUCAUAUCCAACAAGAUCAGGUGGACACCAAUUUUUCUACCAACGCUGACUUUGUCUCUCUUUAA